AUGGAAGUGCCGUCUCCAUUAACCCCUUAUCAUCACCUCUUUGACCCAGUCACCUCCGCUGCGGCCGCCAGACCUCUCCUACUGGCCGCUGGUUUGUACGGAAAUGGAUCACCACAUCAUCCGGUUCCAUUCUCCUUCGGAUGCUCGCGGUUACCCUCGUCAGUUGUAAGCUCGGUAGCGGGGUCACCCUUGGAUCUCACGACUCUAUCUGCUGCCGCCAAUGCUCGGGCUGCUGCGGCUGCCGCAGUGGCCGUGCAUCCAUUUCUUCAACUCCAGAAGGCUGCGGGUAAUGCAGGGAACACAGGCCAUCCAUUGCCACCUCAUCUAGCUACAACGUCGUCGUCUUCAUUCUUGGACCACAAGAAUGGUUCGGGCCAUGACCCUUUCCAUCGGAAUGUGCACCACCAAGAUCAGCGCUCAAGUUCUCCAGAAAAGACUUCGGACGAUGAAGAUGGAGAGGGAGGCGACGAGGAUGGUAAAGGGGAUCCAGGGGACAAAAACAAGAUUAGGAAGAAGAAAACGCGCACAGUAUUCAGUCGAUCCCAGGUGUUUCAAUUGGAAUCGACCUUUGAUAUCAAGAGAUAUCUCUCUAGUUCAGAACGGGCCGGAUUGGCUGCCUCACUGCAACUCUCAGAAACUCAAGUGAAGAUUUGGUUCCAAAACCGAAGGAACAAAUGGAAACGCCAGCUCGCGGCCGAUAACGAAGCCUCGAAUCUACGGGCGUUCUCGGGCGUUCCACUGUUCCUUCAAGGUGGGUUGAGCGGAGUCCCAGUGUCAUCCGAAGGAUCAGCCUCCUUAUCAGGGUCUUCGUCAUUUCUAGCGGCACCCACGCCAACACACUCCUUAUACUUCCCCCCCACCUCGUCCGUGGCGCCCUCCGUGGGCCAGUCCAACCCUGGACAUCCAAGAUCAGCUUUUGUUUAA